GGGAGAGAGAAAGAAAGGGAGAAAGGAGGAGGAGAGAGAGAAGGAGAAAGGAGAGAGAGAAAGUAGGAGAGAAAGAAAAGGAAGGAAGCCCAGCACCGUCAGCCCCCAAGCUCUAACUUGUUCCAGUCCCUUCAUCUUUGUCUCUUCCUAGCUUCAGGGAAGUGACUGUGGAGACUGGUCUCAAGCUUUUCUCCUACGGGCCUUUCCAUGCUUUUCCCUGAAAAGAUGAAGUUCCCAGGAAUUCCUUCCACAUGGGUUACUAGCCUUGGGCUUCUCCUCAUUCUGGCCACUCUCCCAACUGGAACUGGGCAAGAACGGAAAGAACCAGGAGAGUUUGUGAAGCAGGACAUUGGCGGGCUGUCUCCAAAGCACGGACCAGAUAUUCCAGAUGAUAGCACUGAUAACAUCACCAUCUUCACCAGGAUCCUGGACCGGCUCUUGGAUGGUUAUGACAACCGGCUGAGACCUGGACUUGGAGACACUGUCACCGAAGUCAAGACGGACAUCUACGUGACCAGUUUUGGCCCUGUCUCCGACACAGACAUGGAGUACACCAUCGACGUGUUCUUCCGCCAGACCUGGCACGAUGAGCGGCUCAAGUUUGACGGGCCCAUGAAGAUCCUCCCCCUCAACAACCUGCUGGCCAGUAAGAUCUGGACCCCGGACACCUUCUUCCACAACGGCAAGAAGUCGGUGGCCCACAACAUGACCACCCCCAACAAGUUGCUGAGGCUGGUGGAUAACGGGACGCUGCUCUACACCAUGAGAUUGACCAUUCAUGCUGAAUGUCCUAUGCACUUGGAAGACUUCCCUAUGGACGUGCACGCCUGCCCACUGAAGUUUGGAAGCUAUGCCUAUACAAAGGCUGAAGUAAUCUAUUCUUGGACUCUUGGAAAAAACAAGUCUGUGGAAGUGGCCCAGGAUGGCUCUCGCCUGAACCAGUAUGACUUGUUGGGCCAUGUCGUCGGAACCGAGAUCAUCAGAUCUAGUACAGGAGAAUAUGUCGUCAUGACGACUUACUUCCACCUUAAACGCAAGAUUGGUUACUUUGUGAUACAGACCUACCUACCCUGCAUCAUGACUGUCAUCCUGUCCCAGGUUUCUUUCUGGCUUAACCGGGAGUCUGUCCCUGCCCGUACAGUGUUUGGGGUCACCACUGUCCUCACCAUGACCACUCUGAGCAUCAGCGCCAGAAACUCUUUACCUAAGGUGGCGUACGCGACGGCCAUGGACUGGUUCAUAGCCGUCUGUUAUGCCUUUGUGUUUUCUGCGCUGAUUGAAUUUGCCACUGUCAACUACUUCACUAAACGAAGCUGGGCUUGGGAUGGCAAGAAGGUGAUAGAGUCUCAGGAACAAAAGAAAAAAGAGCCCAUGACCUUGGCCAAGAAAGCAAACAACACCUACAACAUCGUGGGGACCACCUACGCUCUCAACAUCGCCAAGGACCCCGGCCUGUCCACCAUCUCGAAGAGCGCCGCGGCCAGCGCUGCUGCGUCGGGGGCGGCCGUCUCCCCACCCAAGACACCCCAUGUGGUUGAGAGUCCCCCUGAAACCAAGAAGACCUACAACAGUGUUAGCAAGGUGGACAAGAUCUCCCGCAUCAUCUUUCCCGUGCUCUUCGCCAUCUUUAAUCUGGUCUACUGGGCCACAUAUGUCAACCGGGAGUCUGCCAUCAAGGGCAUGAUCCGGAAACAGUAAAGCCACAGCUCCACACACUUUGUUGCCCAGAAGCAUCCCAGAAGAUAAAGACCCCGGGUCUACUCUCAUUUUCUUCCCAACAUAAAAGCUUUGCUUUAGAAUCAUCAGUCAAGUUGUGACUCUCUCAUUUGGCUCCCUUUGGGCUGUCAACUUCAAAAAUUGUCAAAAAUGAAAUCCGCCUCUAACAUUGGGAGUCCAUCCUCCAUCAGCACCCUUUGCCGCUCCCAGUCUUUCGGUUCGCAAAACCUGCGCUCGGGUCGGUACUCAGGAGAAAGCUAGUGUGUGCACAUUCAUAUUAACAGCCUCCAGCACAGUACCUCCCCACACAAUAUCUAGUCACUCUCUAUUCACCAUGGAGUACUUUGGCUGCUCUUGAUAUUUCCAAGGUGACGAGACAGCACUUGGUGGCCCAGGCCAGAUUCCUCAACCCCAUGGGUGUAUUUAACUGAAAUUCCACCAUGGGGAUGAACAACAGCUGGCUUCCCAUCAGUUCCAUCUUAUCCAGCCUCCGCUCAUGCCACAGAGAUCAUCGUAGGCUACCAGAGCUCCUGAGCCAUAGAAACGGGGACAAGAUUGUCUGAGGAACAGGAACACAGACUCGCAGGGCCGCAGCCGGACCCGGUUGUUUUCCCGAUAACACCGUGUCAGCCUGGCUGCCCUAAGUGUGGCCUGCAUGGAGAGAAGUGACUGGCCCCAGCUGACUGUCCUCCACCCUUUUGCAUGUCCUCAAGAAGAACCCUGGGUACUCCUAGGAAGACUUCUCUCCCUGGGAGCACCUGUCCUUCCUCUGUUUGCCCACUACCUGCCUAGAGGCACUAGUUGGUCUGGCCUUGUUGGCUCCUGCGGAUCUUUUUUCCUCCCUAAAUUCUCUUUGGCAGAUUCUUCAAAAAGUGAAUCAAAAAUGUUUUCUCGAAGAAAACAAAACCAGGAAAACCCAUUGAGGAAAAGACACCCCACCGAGAUGAAAUAAAUCCACAAAGAAAACCGACAAGGCGAGAAGCCAGAAGUUUGGGGUAGGGUGAGGGGGCAAGCGCAUUGACUGGGAGAGCUCUGAAAGGCUCUUCUGUCUCAGGCUGAUAAAGCCUCACAGCUCUUCUCCAAGAUGUCCGUCACCCAUCCCUCAUGAAAACUCUGCAAAAGCAAGACACCAGAAGCCAAGAGGCUUUGUGUCACUUGGAGAUCUUUUCUUGUGGAGAGAUGACCAGCUUGGAGGACAGCGCUCUGCAGAGUUCUGUCUCGGGUCCCUGUAGCCUCUGCCUUUUCCAGUCUCUCUAGCCCGCCCCUGCCAAAUCCAACUGCCUGCCAAGACAGAAGCCUGCCAAGAAGCAGCAAGCAGCUGAGGGGGCAGAAGCCACCUAUGGAACAGGCAGCCAGCUAGAUGGGGCAGGACUAGAUGAAGCCCCGCUUACUGUCCCAACUUGCCAAAGGCUCCAUCUUCUCUCUAGCCAGCAACACCCUCUCAGACUCUCCGUAAAGACAAGAAGCCGAAAGCCAGGGGUCCCAUUGAUAUCUGGGGAGGAUUCCUGUGGUUAUGGAUGGAGAGGAGGACCCCCAGGAACGCCGCUGCCUCUGGCCACCCACGCUUCAACCUUCCCCACAGCUCUUCCAGCCCCAUGCUGAAGGUCUCCAGUCCUCCGAACACGGACCGUCUCGAUUCGAGCAUUGUCCUCGAGGUAGCACUCGGGUGAAGCUGCCCCCUCCCCUGACCCUUCAUUUCACUUCAUUGCCCUCAAAUGGUUAGUCUGCAUGUUCUUUAGACAAGGAGGUCCCGAAAUAGAGUUUUUGACUUCUGCCUGUCUUUUUUAUUCCUUGCCCUCCCCCAUCCCUUGCCCCUGAACCCUAGGAUUGAUCAGAUGGAAAACCGAUUUUCCCUUUUCCUUAAAUCGGGCCAUCGUGGAGGCCAGAAAUCCCAAGAGGAAUAAAAGACCAGUAGGACAGAAGGAAACCCUAAAAAACUGGGGAGUUCAGUAGAAGAUGUAAUGAGCAUAAAAACAGCCUGCUUGAAAGCCUUCCUAGAUUGCACUCCCUCCCACACUGAUUUCAGAUUGACUUAAGGCCUCCAUUUUAGUCACCCCUCUCUUCUUCCCUCUGUGACCAUGCUGGGGACAAUUUCUUCCUUCCGGAACCCCACUUCUCUCCAGUGAAGCUUAUCAGCCUAGGGCACCUUCUCCCCAUUGCAAUCUCAAGGUCUUUCUCCAAAUGAGCAGUCACCUGCCCUGCAUGACUGGCUUGGAUGUGACCUUUUCGUUCCUUCCACAUUUAUCAUAGAGGGUCAGAGCCUCAUUUGGUUAAAUGCCAUGGUCCUGCAUCCUGCGCAUACUGAUGUGUCCGCAGCCUGCAGGAGACGAGAUCCACCUGGAUUCCAAGCGAAGGGAGGACUCGGAGUGGGAAAGCACCAGGGACAGGGGGAGGGAGGAACUCGAGGCAGACAGAAAGAGAAACAACCUUCCUAUUCUUUCUCAAACCUCAGUAAAAUGAGGAAUGGAGGAAGGCCCUCCCUGGACAUUAAAAUCUUAAGCAGAGUCAUCCCGAGAAGCACCUUGCUACCCCUUCCCUCCUUAAGUCCUUUCAUUUCUAAUUCUAUCACUGGCUCCAGAAAGCUUUUGGGCUUAGAGAAUCGUGAAUAGUCGUCAGUCUACCUUCAGAGGUGCCAUUGCUUGUGGCUAAGGAAGACAAGUUGGCUUUGGCAGGAGACGGGAUUCAGACAGUAUCUAUACAAUACCAGGAGGAAAGAAAAGAGUGAAAAAGAAAAGGGCGGGCACAUCAGUGGAGAUGUACCUAAAGAAACAGUGGGUGAGGUUCUCAGCUAACCGACAACACAUUAAUAACUUAGAUUUUCCCUUAAUAUGGCUGAUUAUUUGAACAGACUAAUUCAACAAGCGUUUAUUAAGAAAGGAUAUGUAACCCAAUACAAACACAGGAAGAGGCUCUGUUUGGCUAAGAGCACCGGGGCCGUGAAAGGCUUUUCAUUUGCCAGCGAUACUCAGUUUUCAAAAAAAUAAAAAUAAAAGAAAGGAACCGGGCCCAGCCAAUAUACUCUUUGUUAUCUGGGAAUUUUGAAAAUAAUCUUAACUCAAGGUUAAGGUCUUACCUAUUUAAUCUAACCCCUAAUCAAGGCAGAGGGUCUUACUUGAAUUAAUAAAUGAUUACCCUUCCCAAGAGAAUUGUAAAAAAGCUUCAAGUCCUAUAUUUUCUGUCUAAUGGUUCUUCCCAGAGGGAACAUCAUCCUUAGCUAUAACAACAUACGGGAGUAUGCAGUGUGUAUGUGAACGUGUGAGUGGGAGCGUGCCACGUGCACACUCUCAGAGGUUCUAUGUUCUCAUUGGGGUAGAGCCCAUAGUAAAAUAUCAGAGUUUCUUUUCUAAUUGGUUGUGAAGGCUAGCCACUUGGUAGAUUAAGGCAGAUCCUGAUUCAUAGGAAAUCUCUCCAAGUUCAAAGGGACUGUUAUUUACUAUAAACAUUUUAACUAAAGAAGUUCAAAGGAACCAAUGUUAGGGUCGAGAUGAAAAGCCUACACAGGAAUUGAUAUGAGAAAUAGGUUAAUUGGCCAUCUUUGUUGGAGACAGCCCAAGGCUUUAGCCAGGCCACCCAAAUGUACAUAGGAUCAGUAUGGAACUAGUCAUAGACAAAGAUGUGUAUUUGUACAUUUUAUUAGCAUAGAGGCAGACCCCAGCAGCCCACCUGGGUCAGCAAGAAGUUUCAGUCAUAUAGUCAUCUGGGAGUGAGGCCAGGGGGAAAGGACGAGGGGAGAACAAAUGAGCAUUAUAAAGCAGGGUGGGAAGUUUGCUGAUGUGAAUAGGAAUUACGCACACAUUUUUCGAGUGGGAGUUGUUUGGAACCACUUCAAUCAGCUCCUCUGUCACUCCAGUCAUCACUAGGAUUAUCGCUAUUGCUUUUACGGCCCAAUAUCUGAGGUCUCUUGAGCAUCGUGUUUCUGAGGAAUUCCAGACAAUUACCUAUGUCUCAUUUCCCCUCACCCCCUCAGAGGGAACAGCGAAGCAGGGUGUGCGAGAGGGCAGACAGCUUUCUUUCCACUUUCGAUGUAAAGAAACCGAGCUGCCAGGAGGCUAGCCGACUUGCUCUCGAUAAAUUGGCUAUUUAAGAAUAGCCUUUCAUUUCUAAGAAUCUUUUCUCUAAGACCAAUUUCCCCUUAGACUUUCUUGGUUUUUUCUUCAUACCUUCCUUCAACUUUUUUUAGGUCUGAGGCUUCCCCCUGCUCAGUCUAGGCACUUUCCUUCAGACACUGCUCUUCAGGAAAUCUCUUGGUCACUGUGGUUUUACAUAGAAUGACUGAGCACCUCCUCUUUUGCCUCAGAGCUGUUCCAUACCCAGUUUGACCUUUCAUAUCUGGUUAGACUUCUCCCACUUAGGCCUAGGUUUUUUAGAACUCCUCAUAGGGGGAAGUCUAUUCUGGGCUUUCUCAGGACUAGCAAACUAAUACCGUUCUCUGACCCCUUCUAGAUAAUGUUGUAUGGCUAUCUCAUUGAGCUCAGGAGCCAAUUUCUCCCUUCAGGCACGGAUGCUUUCUAGAGUCAAUUACUUAUGGGAGCCGUGUCUCUCUUCUUCCUCCAUGCCUUCCGCAUGGGCAAACUCUGGUGUGUCCGGGCAUAACCCGGGACAUUCUGCCUCUUUUUGUCAGCUCAGCUCCCCAAAUUGUACAUAUGACGUCUUUUAUAAACAAUUCUGUGAGAAGCAUGCUUUGGAAACAACCAUUUCCAGAGUUUUCUAGGGAUAGCUUUGGGAGCAAAACCAAGGGCAGUGGCCAUGGUGAGGCCUGUUGUCAAUCCAAGAUCCAGUUCUUCUCAGGGAUGCAUGGUAACCUAGUGCUCUGAGUGACCAACAGGGUUCAGAUCUAGGAAUUAUUCUCAGAGCAAUUUUGUCUAGUAGGGCAAGGCUCACGAGACUCAGAUAUUGAAUAUGAUACUUGCUCUGAUGAUUCAAGAGCCACUGGCUAGUAUACCCAGCACCUGCCUGGCUGAGAAAACGGUCUGCAUGGGACCUUCAAACAGCUCUUGGUGCGCCAAGGUCCUGCCCCCAUUCCUAAAGCCAGGGCGUCCUACCCUUCGUGAGGACUCCCCCCCCACCCCCAGGCUAGGGUUUGGGCUCCAAACCGUGAGAGCCGCUGUGAGGCAACAUCCUACCUUGAAGUGGAGAAGGUAACUCAAGAGAAACGAUGGCAAACUCCAACUGAAGCUAGAGGGCUGCUCCUCUGCCUGGCCAGCCGAGUUCCUAGAGUCAUUUCUGUUCCCUAGCCACGCCACAGGUAAUUGGACCACCCACUACUUUAGUAGUCACCCUUCCACUUUCUUUUCAUAUUCAACACCCUGCCAGGUUGGGUCUAUAGCCUUAGAGGCUAGAGUAAUAUAGCAAUAUACUAAAUAAUAAUAGAGUAAUCAGAUCCUGCUGCCCUCUCCCUCUCCCUUCAAUCAAAGCCUGAGCCGAUCUGAUUUGUCUAUAAGGUAGAAAUGAAUCUUGUUCCCCAGCAGCAGCAGCAUGAAACAAGUAGGGGGUUCUCUACUUGGAAAGGAGCAGGCAUAAAAUAGCAGCAUUCUCGAAGGACUGACUCCUGGUUAGCUGGCGUUAGCACAUCGGCUAUUCGAGGCAGACCAAACUCAUCAGUGUAAAAACCCCAAACGAAAAACACUCUAGGUUCCUUUGGCUUCUUCCGAUAAAAGACAGAGAGCAAGGCGUGAGACGGCGCUCUUGCCCAGUCACCAGAUGAAAGCACUGACCUAGUGACAGUAUGAAAAAACCCAGCUUUUCUUUUACCAAUCCACCCAAUGGCUUUGGGUCAUCGACUGUGAAUGGAUAUCCCAUCAGUACUGACCAAAAGGACUGAUGAACUGAGCACAGAGCCAAGGCAAAAUGGGAAUGGGCCUGACUUGGAGGAAAAUCUCCCAUCCUGCACAGAGAUGCCAUGGAACAGCACGCGCGUACCCCAGUUUCACUGUGACUCUUCCUGUCCUGAGUUACGAUUCGGCAGUCCGAGCGAUAGGAUUUGAAAAGAAAAAACUUCGCCAAGACAUCUCUUUUCCAAACGGACAUACACGUGCCGGAUGCGUGACGGGGUCUGCAGAGACGAUUCCCACCCUUUGCCGUUGCUCAUCCUAGCAGGCCACAUCUCAGGUGAACGGAGGGCUUUCAAGAUGGUGGCCUUGGCCAUUCCAGCUUGGCAGACAAAGUCUGGCCUUCACCCAGACAUUAAAAUCCUCCUAUUAGGUUGUGGCUAGGAGACAUGCUCCUCGCCCCCCCCCCCCCCCCCCCCCCCCUCCACCAUUUAGGCACCCUCCUUUGCUAGUCGCCUCCUCUCCACUUCCUUGCUAUCUGCUUUGUCUGUCUGCCGUUCCCUCUGAGAGAGACCCGGGCCCAUCUACAAUGGUAAUGCAUGACAAUCCCAUUAUUCUUAAAACUGUGUCUGUGAAGUAAUUAAUGGCUAGAGAAAUGUACAUUUUAUUGACUGGGGGCGGGGCGGGGUGGGUUAGGGUUAGUUUAUUGAGUGGCUGUUAAUGAUCUUCUUAAAGGAAUUUCUCAUGGAAACCGUGACCUUUUGCAUUCUGUAGAAUUGUGUUUCCCAAUGCUUUUGGUGCAAUGUUUAAUGCCUGUUCAAUACAGUUACUUCUGAAUUGUA